GGGAGCACUGUGCGUAACGGGAGAGUCGUGCGUAACAGGAGACAGAUUCCUCUCCAUUUUGCGCCUGGAUUCUGAGGACCACUGGUGGUGUAACGCUCACUUGCACGGACACUGACCGUUGGAUUCCGACUUAUUUCUCUUUUUUUUAAACAUUUCCCGGGUCGACUCUUUUCUCUUUCCCUCCCUCUCGCUGCUGCCAGUCGUGCGUCAGAGCUGACAUGACAACCGAGACCCCUCAGCAGCAGCUGGACCCUCCGCCUCCUCUGAGAUCCAGCCCGGCGUCCGGCGUCUUGCACCCCGCCAUGCUGAGCCCACAAGCCGCCUCAGAAAGCUCCUCCAGCGUCAUUAAAGGAAAGAAGACGAGCUCUGGACUACGACGACCGGAAAAGCCUCCGUACUCUUACAUCGCUUUAAUAGUGAUGGCGAUCCAGAGCUCCCCCACCAAACGGCUGACACUUAGUGAGAUCUACCAGUUCCUCCAGGCUCGCUUCCCGUUCUUCAGAGGCUCAUACCAGGGCUGGAAGAACUCAGUCCGGCAUAAUCUGUCUCUGAAUGAGUGCUUUAUUAAGCUGCCCAAAGGGCUGGGCAGGCCGGGCAAAGGCCACUACUGGACCAUCGACCCGGGCAGUGAGUUCAUGUUCGAGGAGGGCUCAUUUAGGCGCAGACCGAGAGGCUUCAGGAGAAAAUGUCAAGCUCUGAAGCCCAUGUACCGGAUGAUGAACGGGAUAGGCUUCGGCACGUCCAUCCUCCCGCAGAGCUUCGACUUCCAGGCCCCCUCCGCCACACUCGCCUGUCACAGCAACGGCUACAACUUGGACAUGAUGAGUAAUUCAAUGGCCGGGGGGUACGACGGGCUGAGCGGCGGCCACCACGUCCCCCACAUGUCCCCCAGCCCCGGGUCCACGUACAUGGCGAGCUGCCCGGUGCCGCCUAAUGGAGAGUAUGGAGCGGACAGCAGCAGCAGCCCCGUGCCCUCCUCUCCGGCCAUGGCCAGCGCGCUGGACGGACACUCCCCGUACGCCAGUACGUCCGCACACUGGGCGUCCUCCGGCGGCUCUCCCUACAUCAAACAGCAGCCUCUCGCCUCCAGCAGCCCUGCAUCCUCCGGUUUACACUCCGGCAUGUCUCCAUACUCCCUAGAGCAGAGUUAUCUCCACCAGAACAGCAGGGACAGCCACUCCAGCGACAUUUCAGUGGGGAUCCCGCGCUACCAGAGCCACUCCUCGGUGUGCGACAGGAAAGAUUUCGUGUUAAACUUUAACGGCAUCUCCUCCUUCCACCCUUCGGCCGGUGGCUCCUACUACCACCAUCACCACCACCACCACCCACAGAGCGUCUGUCAGGACAUCAAACCGUGCGUCAUGUGAGCGCGCGCGCGCGGAGCGUCACCGUGGACUCCAGACGGAGAGAGAAGAAAGGAGGCUGACAGUCAAACUGCAGCUCCGGCACUUCUCAGCAGACUAGUCUGACUUCUUUUUGAAUGUUUGGAGGAUUCUAGCAGGACGUAUCGGGGUGUCUGUUCUCCUCCUCCAUGCAGCCAAAGUUUAGAUUUUUGACUCUGAAGGAAAUGAAUGAAGAAACCGAAGAGGCCUUAAAAACCACUCUGCCUAUAUGAACCCUGACAAGCGUUUUCUUCUUUAAAAGAAGCUCCAGAAACACGAAUCUUAAUGUGUUUGCUCUUGUAAGACGUGCAAACGAUUUAUAAUCUAUGUAACUCUGUUCUAUGAUAUUAGACACACGUGACGCUUUAGGCUAACAUGAACUGCAACAAACCUUGCACUUAUUGUAUAACCUCCCUGCCUACUUUUGUCUUGUUAAAGGUUUCAAUAAAGCUGAUUUAUA